AUGAUAAUCAAGCUACUGCUAGACACAGGGAAAGUUGACCCUGAUACUAAGGACAAAAAUGGAUUUACUCCACUACUAUAUGCGGUACGAAAAGGGCAUAAAGGGGUGGUAAAGCAGCUCCUAGACACAGGCAUAGUUGAUCUCGAUACUAAGGACAAGAUUGGAUUAACUCCGCUACUGCAUGCGAUAAGAAACAGAGAUGACGUAAUAGCUAAGCAGCUGUUGGAAACAGGCAAAGUUGAUCCUAAUACGAGGGAUAAGCAGGGAUGGACACCGCUGUUGUGGGCAGUAUGCGGCGGGCGUGAAGGAGUAGUCAAGCAGCUGCUAGACACAGGCAAAGUUGAAGCUGAUUCGAGGGAUAGGCAGGGAUGGACACCGUUAUUGUGGGCAGCAUACAAGGGAUAUGAAGGAGUAGUCACGCAACUUCUUAACACAGGAAAUGUUAAUGCUGAUACGAGGGAUAGGCACGGAUGGACACCGCUAUUGUGGGCAGUAUGCGGCGGAAGUGAAGGAGUAGUCAAGCAACUGCUAGAUACAGGCAAAGUUGACGCUGACUCGAGGGAUAGAGAGGGGUGGACACCGUUAUUGUGGGCGGCACAUAAGGGAUAUGAAGGAAUAGUUAAGCAGCUGCUAGACACAGGCAAAGUUGAUCCUAAUACGAGGGAUAAGCAGGGAUGGACACCGCUGUUGUGGGCAGCUCAUAACGGGCACGAAUCGGUGGUUAGACUCAUACAAGAUACGCGCAAAGUUAAACGUAAUACUACGUAG